GAAAUGGGGACUGCUAAAUCUGGAUGGAAAGAAAGAGUAGGGAAUCCAGGCUCCGAGGGAAAAGUUCAGCCAGUGGCGGAUCUCUGCCCUCUCCUUUUGGUUAAUAGAAGCUGUGACCUCUGAAUUUGAGAUCUUUAUUCCAUAAUGGGACCAAUAACCUGGCCUGAGCACCAGCUCCAAGGUUCCGGGCAUGUUUAGCCUGUGUGUUCCACCCAGAGAAGACACUAGGAGACUAGAGAAGCUGUUGAGCGGGGCAGAUGACCUUGGCUUCAUGGCAGAGAACGGCACCGUGGUUAUGGGAUUCGUGCUGGUGGGCUUCCGGCUGGAGGCAGAGCUGCAGAUGGGUCUCUUCUUUGUGUUCCUGGCCCUCUACCUCAUCACUGUGGGGAGCAACCUUGGCAUGAUGGUGCUAAUUCAGAGUGACCCUCGGCUCCAGACUCCCAUGUACUUCUUCCUCAGCCACCUUUCCUUCCUGGACAUUUGCUACUCUUCUGUUAUUGUCCCUCAAUUGCUUGUGACUUUGGGGACAGAUAAGAAGGUCAUCACCUAUGAGCGCUGUGCCAGCCAGUUCUUCUUUUUCACCCUCUGUGCCAGCACUGAAUGUCUCCUUUUGGCCGUGAUGGCCUAUGACCGCUACGUGGCUGUGUGCAGCCCCCUGCUCUAUGCCAUGGCCAUGACACCACACACCCGCCUGGGGCUGGUGGCAGGGGCGUAUGCUGGUGCCAUGGUCAAUUCCAUAGUCCGCACUGGGUGCACCUUCUCCAUCUCCUUCUGCAAGUCCAAUCGUGUAGACUUCUUCUUUUGUGACCUCCCACCACUGCUGAAGCUCGCCUGCAGUGAAACCAGGCCACAGGAGCAGGUAAUCUACAUCUUGGCUUUCUUGGUCAUCACAACCAGCAUUUCAGUGAUUCUCAUAUCCUACCUAUUCAUCAUUCAGGCUAUUCUGAAGAUUCGUGCAGCAGGUGGCAAAGCUAAGACCUUCUCCACCUGUGCAUCUCACAUGGCUGCAGUGGCUCUUUUCUUUGGGACACUCAUAUUCAUAUACCUGAAAGGUAACAUGGGCAGAUCCCUUGGGGAAGACAAGAUUGUGGCGGUAUUUUACACUGUGGUUAUCCCCAUGCUAAACCCAAUCAUCUACAGCCUGAGAAACAAGGAAGUAAAGGAGGCUAUGAAGAAAAUUUUCAACAGGAUGAGGGUUUCCCAAGCAGAGUAAGACUUGAGUUCUAUCAAUCCAGAAGUUUCUGCCAAUCAUCCUCUGGGCUUUUGUCUUGUCCUCUUGAUACAUGAAAUAGAUCUCAUAAUUACAAAGACAUACAAGGCAAAAAAAUGAGAUUUGGGUUCCAGUACUUUCUUAAUUAGAUCCAUGACCUAGAUCCAGAAAUGCUCUGCCUCAGUUCUUGGCUCAGUAAAAAUUUCUGCCUUCCUGCGAUUAAAUACCAAGAGAUCUUUAGUCAGGAUCAAGAGAGAUGGAAUGCCAAAAGGCUCUGUAAA